CGUGUCCCCACUUCCGCUCUCCGCGCCUUCAAAAUAAGAGCUCCCGGCAUGUGCUGCAUCACAGCUCAUAGCAGGAACUUAACAUCACAAAGAGGCAGGUCCAUAAAAGCAGGUUACAUUAGCACAUCUCCGCGUGUUGUCACAAUCUUCUUUUAAAAGAAGCCACGUGUCUCACCAACGUUGGCUCGCCGCGGACCCAAAAGUGACUUCCGGUGCGGACUGCGCGGUUAGCUCCGUUAGCAUGGAUGCUAACUUGAUGACAAUGGAGGAGUUUGCUGCGGACUUCUCAAAUGUAACAAUGCCAGCAGCCAAUGAAGGCCUCACAGACCAGCAGGAGAAGUCCAUGCAGACGGAGGAGGCGACGGACGCCACCACGGGCGACGCCGGCGUCAACACGGACAUGGACUGGGAGGCGCAGGUGGCGGCCAUGUUUGCGUACAGCGAGGUCCUGGCCAAGGAGCACGGCGAGAUGGCGAAGACGCGGGAACAGGACGAGAGCGAGCGAGGCGAGCGGCUGCAGCAGCUGCAGAAGAAGAAGUCGCAGACCACCCGCCAGCAUCAGGUCCUGCUGCAGAAACUGGACUCGCUGCGAGUCAAGCUGCAGCUCAACAACGCCAAGAGCAGCAAGAAGAACUUCCUGUCCAAGAAGCAGGAGAUGACGUCGGAGAGGAGCCGCGCCGAAGAGGAGAGAGACAGGCUGGCCAAGGAGCUGCAGCAGAGCGAAGGCAAGCUGGCGGCGCUGACGGAGGAGCAGUGCGAGGAGCAGCGGCGCUGGCAGGAGGAGCUGGAGGUGCUGAAGAAGGAGGUGCAGAGGGUGGCCAAAGAGACCAGGGAGGCUGAGAAGACGGCCGUCCAGGACGAGCUGGCCGCCGUGGAGAUGCAGCGGGACAUGGCCAUGGGGCGCAUCAAGGCCUGGCUGGCGGAGGUGGGGCAGUACCUGAGCGUGCUGCAGAGGGUCUUCCCGCAGCAGUACCAGCAGGAGAAGCCCACCUGGGCCGGCAAGGAGGCGGCCGUGCGCAGGAACCAGGCCGAGCUGCAGCAGCGCUUCCAGGAGGUCCUGCAGCUGCUCCAGCAGGGUCGCGACCUGGACUCUCUGCCCAGGAUCAACGUGGCCGCACUGCCGCACGUGCCCACGGCCGACCUCAAGUUCAGACAGAUGAUGAACUCGCUGCUUCCUGCCGGCCCGCCCAGACCCAGUUACUUCCACCACCGCCCCCAAUACUUCCCACCGCCCCCGCACUACCUGCCGCGCCACGCCGUGCCCCCGCCCAUCUACCCCCCCUACGUCAGAGCUCCUGCCAGGUUGCCGCCGCCUCCCGGCCAGUCCUUGACCACGCCCACCUACCCGGUGGUCCCCUCGCCGCCGCCGCUGCCCUCCAGCGCCCUGGAGAAGGUGCUGGACCGGCUGGGGGCCCGCUUCCCGCAGUGCAGCAGGAACCAGCUGACGCUGCUGCUGCAGCAGGUGAAGAGCGCCCGGGGAACUCUGGCCGGGAUGUCCGUGGACCAGGUGGCCGAGCAGGUGGGCCUCAAGCUGGCCCAGAGCGACGCCUUCCUCCGGCCGCCGCCGCCGGCCAACCAGCUGUGUCUCAUGUGCCAGAACGCCGUGGACCCCGAGAGCCGCCACCCGCUCAGCUGUUCCCACGCCAUCCAUCAGGACUGCAUACGCAUCUGGCUGCAGUCCAGUCCUAACAAGUCCUGUCCUUUCUGCCCCGCCAAGUGAACCUGGCUCCACUUUUUCAACCUCAUCUCCUUUUGGACUCAAGUCACCCAGCUGACUCUUUUCAAACUCUCAACUGUCACCUUUUUCAUUAAAUAUUCCAUCUUCAAAACA